UCAACGACAAGCGUUGCUCCUGCGCACGUGAUGCGUCGCUUGUUUCUAUCUUCGAGACAACACGCGUAACAAAUAAACAGGGCAGGCUUUUCCAUACAUCCACCACCCCCGUCCAUAUGGGAAGAGGACUGCGGAAAAUCGAUAAAUUUCCCCCCUUCCUCUCGAACGACGGGCACUUGUGUCAAAAUACAACACACGCAAGAAAAGGACGUCCAGUCUGGCUGGAAAUUUUCCAUAAUUUUUCCGUUUAGUUUUUUGUGGGAUUUUGCGUUUGGGUAGCGACAUCGCUUCGGAAUGUUGAAGUCCGAAUUCCAGCACCAAUUUUGGGUCACCAAAAAGGCGGUGCAGCGGAAGCUCGGGUCGAAGGAAGAUGAGAACAUUGUGGCUUCCGAUGGGGAACUGGACGCCAAAAUUGAGCUGUUUCAAUCGGUGGCCGACAGUUCCCGCCAGCUGUACCGGAUCAUCGACCAGUACCAGGAACGGGUGUGCAUUCUAGCUCAAGAGGAAAACUCCCUGGGGAAGUUUCUGCGCGAGGUCAGCAAGGAAUGUCCCACCACGGGAAAGCUAAUGUCCAACACGGGUAAGGCGAUUUCCUACUGCGGCCAGCAGCGUAUUACGAUCCGGGUGCCUUUGCUGCGGCUGCAUCACGAUGUACAGACGUUCAAAGGGCGUGCCAUAGUGGACACACAGAAGACGCUGCAGCAGAUGGAACGGGAACGGACCGAGUAUCGGGCGGCCUUAAGCUGGAUGAAGUCGGUCAGUAUUCAGCUGGACCCGGACACGGGUAAGGGCUUGGAGAAGUUCCGCAAGGCGCAGCGGCAUGUCAAGACGGCCAAGACGAAGUUCGAUAAAUACACCUUGGAUUGCUUGGAGAAGAUCGAUUUACUGGCUGCAGCGCGAUGCAACAUGUUUUCUCACGCCUUGGUCGGCUAUCAGAACUCGAUGCUGCAGUUCGCCAAGAAAAGCAACGACACCUACAAGGCGGCCCUGAAGAGUCUCUCCAAGGAUCCGCACUACAACUUUUCGAUUUUGAAGGAACUCACGCAAGCCAAUCCGAACGCCAAGGAGGGCGAAACGGAGGGGGCAGAGGAUCAAGUGGACAAGCCUGCUGACGACGAUCAGAUGUUGUUCUUUCAGGACGAGUUCAAGGACGAUGAUGGCGAAGCGAAGCCGACAGAGGCUAAACCAACGACGAUCUCAAACCCGGAUGAUGACGAUCAACUUCUGUCCGACGUUCCAACAGCACUGAACGAUCUUUUGUCGGGAAUUCCCCAGCUUGAGCUUACUACAGAAUCCAAGUCGCAAGCCGAUCAUACAGCAUCAAGUUCUGCGGACCUGCUGGGUCUGACAAUGGACGAUGAAUUUUCCGACUUCCUCUCGUCGCCGGCCCCCUUCAUGCCAUCGACAUUGCUCACUAAUCCGGAAUCCAUGGAACCGUCCGCCAUGGAUCAGCUCUCCGGUCUUGAUCUGCCUUCGACAUCGGGCCCUACAAACCCCAAAGCCGAGAAGAGCUCCAACGACAUCUUUGGAAAUUUUCUGUCCAGUAUUUCCAAGGGUCCGAGUGGAGCGGCCAGCCAAACGCCGGAAGGGAAGAAACCUCCGAAGGACGGCAAAUCGGGCAAGGACCUCUCCGGAUGGUAUCAGCUGUUUGCCGAGUUGGAUCCGCUUUCCAAUCCGGACGCUAUUCCGUCCAAGGCCGAUGCGCCUACCAAUAGCUUGGCCGCCUAAACGACGUUUCGCGCGCAUAUUUCAACCGAGCGUUUUUGAGAAGAAGGUGGCUUACAAAAUCAAAUGUUAGGUACUGCUGCUUUGAAUUGUGUUAUAUUUUAUAUAAUUCCAAUCAAUUAUGAUGAGGGAUGAGCCAUUAUAUAUGAUACGCAAGAUACAUUCCUUUUAUUAUCCACGUAAGCUACUUUGAAUGUAUGUACCACUGUCACGUCACAUGCUUCACUUAUGGAAAUCAAUAAAAAAAAUCGAGUGGAUGUGAAAUGCUGAAUAAAUCUACGGAGUUUCACUUGACAUACCGACAUUAUAGAC